AUGGUAUCACAUGAGUACUGGGAAUCCUACCACAAACAGCUUGGUGCCCUUGACCUCGACUGGCGUCCAACAUCAUUUAUCCCCCGGGAUUGGGCUCUAAAUGUAUCCGACAUAGCAAGUGAAUGGGUUGAGCAACAAUUUGCAGCUCAUAUCGCGGGAAGACCGCUAGUGUCUGCGCCGCCCGAACUUGAUCCGGAAACCAUGGUUGUGUGUGGACAGUUGGCCUUGGUGCUGGCAGAGGCGUAUCAACAUCCUAUAAAACUGGACAUUGAUGUUAUCCGGUACAACGAGGCAUUGGCCAAACGGGAGUCGGGACUAAAUGAUUCACACGAAGAAGCUUUACUGGCAAAGUUCCCCCCCGCUAAGCGCCUGGUAUUGGAUCGCCCGUCUGUUGUAAUUGAUUCCAGUUACUGGAUAAUUCUCUGGUACCUCCCGGGUGCGCUACACUGGUCUUUGCAGCGUGACAUGUACAACACCACAAUCAGAAUGGGUAACCUAUUGAAGCAGAGCAUCACCACCGGGAAGGCGUCUACGGGACAGUCGAGUAAAUGGAGGACUCACUCAUCCAAUUUCUAUGCCGCCCAAGAGCCGCAGUUAACUCCCGGGUGCAUCAAUAUAUCGCCUUUCUGGUUUCAGCAGGGGCAUGAGCGUCAUGGGCCCCCACCUGUGAACCCGGGAAUUGGUUUUGUGCCGGAAGUCUCUGCUACCUUGAAGGGCGACAGGAGCCUCUCGGUCAUCAGAGAUAUGCAACGUCCGGGCCUUGUGUCAUCUGCCACCCUUCGCGUAAUGCACCCGCAGUUAUAUCGUGCAUCGCUAUCCACCCAUGUAGAGCUUGGGAAUUGGGCAGCUACGCAAGCACUGGAUGUCAUGUAUAGGUGUCUUCAGCACUGGACAUCCGUCUAUACGGGCGCGGCAAUAAUGUGUAACAGACAGUCGCCGAGCCAUCGAGAUCCGAAAUGCCCCCCGGAAGGUUUCGAUAUCCUUACUUGCAUAGGCGGCUAUGGCCAUGGUGUAAUGCAAUUGACCAACUUGGGCAUCGAGCUAGCUUAUGAUCCGGGUGUUAUGGUUAGCUAUUCCGGCCGGCUUGUGAGGCACAGCGUACAGGUUGCCAAGGGCGACAGGAUCGUUUGGGCUUGGUUUAUGCGCGACAGUGUGCAUAAUUAUGCUCGGACCCCGCGUACAGAAUAUGCGAAAUACAAUCUCGCAGACUUUGCGAUAUAUCACCUAGCCGAAUACAAUCAGGCAGAUUUCGUUCAGUACCGCACGUUGUAG